GCCUGCCCGCCUGGGAGUCUCAGUCUGAGCUAGCUAGCUAGCUCUGAUUCCGUCAAAGAAACUCCGUAGCAUGUUACAUCAGAACGGGAGACCGUGAUUUAUUUAUUUCUUUCUUUCAAAGAUGGUGAUGGGUGAAGGACGGAAAGUGUUUGUAUGAUACUCCAUCUCCAUCAAUAUUGUUUGUAUAUUGAUUGGUCCCCCACAUCGAAAUGCGAACCAAUUAGCAAACCCAGAAUGAGAUUGCCACGUUUGAACCAGUCCAAGUUUAAGCCUAACCCUUUUCCAUUUUUGAUCAGAUUGAAAGCAAAGCAGAGAGAGAGAGAUGACGAGGGGUAAGAUCCAGAUCAAGAGGAUAGAGAACGCGACCAAUAGGCAGGUGACCUAUUCCAAGAGAAGGAACGGGCUCUUCAAGAAGGCCCAUGAGCUCACUGUUCUCUGUGAUGCCACCGUUUCUCUCAUCAUGGUUUCAAGUUCCGGAAAAAUCCAUGAAUACAUCAGCCCCUCCACCACAACAAAGCAAUUUUUCGACCAGUUCCAGAAGACUAAGGGAGUCGAUAUUUGGAGCUCGCACUAUGAGGCAAUGCAAGAGCAUUUGAAGAAGCUGAAAGAGGUGAAUAGGAGUCUGCAGAAGCAGAUCAGGCAAAGGGUGCUAGGUGAAUGUUUGAACGAUAUGAGUUUUGAUGAACUGCGUGGUGUUGAGCAAGAAAUGGAAGGCGCUGUUGAUGUUAUUCGCAAGCGCAAGAUUCGAAUGAUCUCUAACCAGAUUGAUACUACGAAGAAAAAGCUACGGAGUGCAACAGAAAUGAACAGGAAUCUCCAUGAAUUUGAUGCAAGGGACGACACACAUUAUAGAUUAGUUGAGAAUGGAGGAGAGGAUUAUGAAUCUGCUUUUGGCUACUCAUCAAAUGGAGGCCCUCGCAUAUUUGCUUAAGGCUGCAGGAUAGCCAAUGCCAUCCUAGCCUUCACAGUGGAGCAGGAUCAGAUGUCACCACCACCUAUGCCUUGCUUUGACUUUGAGUGGCAGGCAGGCAGGCAGGCAGGGCACCUCUCUCUGAGACUGAUAUCACCCCAGGAAUUUAAAUAACAGUUUGGUUAAUUACCCAUGUAUUGUAUUGUUGAUUGAAAAUGAAAAUAGUUGCUUGGUUUAGCUUCGACAAACAAUGGCUGUUGUUGAUGAAGAUAUUCUGACUUUAAAGGCCUGGCCUUUUCGUCAAAGGUCGUUUCUUUCUCUAAAUAUUCAGAUGUCUUUGAUUUCUGGAGGGCUCAAUUCUCCAAGCUUGGAAUUUGAUGGUCUAACUUGUGUGAA